AUUUAAAGUAUACUGAAAGAUGUGCACAACUUACAAGCAAAUACUAUGACAUUUUUUAUCAGGGACUUGAGCAUCCAUGGAUUUGGUAUGCAGGGGCUUCUGAAACCAUCCCUCCCACCCCACCCACUCCGCAAUACGGGACAACUGUAUAGUUAUGGAAUCAUAAAACAUUAGAGCUGAAAGGGACUUUAGCAUUUAAUCCUGGGAAUGCUAAAUUGAAUGGGAUUGAGUCCCAGGAGGGUUCAGUGAUUUGUCCAAUCUCACAGAACUCCUGAGAGGCAGAACUGAACCCCAAGGAGUUGGUAAAUCUAGUCCUUAAUGCUGGCAUUUUCUGUAGAGCACAGGAAUUCAGGAGGUGGUUGAGAAGAAUCUGAAAAGUGGAGAAUCUGAGAAAGAAGAUUUAAGACCAGGAGAGAUAAGGAGCCAUGCGGGGCCAGCGGAGCCUGCUGCUGGGCCCAGCCCGCCUCUGCCUGCGCCUGCUUCUGCUUCUGGGCUAUAGGCGCCGCUGCCCACCUCUGCUCCGGGGCCUGGUACAGCGCUGGCGCUAUGGCAGGGUCUGCCUGCGCUCCCUGCUCUACAACUCCUUUGGGGGCAGUGACACCGUGGUUGAUGCUGCCUUUGAGCCUGUCUACUGGCUGGUGGACAACGUGAUCCGCUGGUUUGGGGUGGUGUUUGUGGUGCUGGUGAUUGUGCUGACGGGCUCCAUUGUGGCCAUCGCCUACUUAUGUGUCCUGCCUCUCAUCCUCCGAACCUACUCAGUGCCACGACUCUGCUGGCAUUUCUUCUAUAGUCACUGGAAUCUAAUCCUCAUCGUCUUCCAUUACUACCAGGCCAUCACCACUCCACCUGGGUACCCACCUCAGGGCAGGAAUGACAUCGCCACAGUCUCCAUCUGUAAGAAGUGCAUUUACCCCAAGCCAGCCCGAACACACCACUGCAGCAUUUGCAAUAGGUGUGUGCUGAAGAUGGACCAUCACUGCCCGUGGCUGAACAAUUGUGUGGGCCACUAUAACCAUCGGUACUUCUUCUCUUUCUGCUUUUUCAUGACCCUGGGCUGUGUCUACUGCAGCUAUGGAAGUUGGGACCUUUUCCGAGAGGCUUAUGCUGCCAUUGAGAAAAUGAAACAGCUCGACAAGAACAAACUACAGGCGUUUGCCAACCAGACAUAUCACCAGACCCCACCACCUACCUACUCCUUUCAAGAAAGGAUGACUCACAAGAGUCUUGUCUACCUCUGGUUCCUCUGCAGUUCUGUGGCACUUGCUCUGGGUGCCCUAACCAUCUGGCAUGCUGUUCUCAUCAGUCGAGGAGAGACUAGCAUUGAAAGGCACAUUAACAAGAAGGAGAGACGCCGACUGCAGGCCAAGGGCAGAGUAUUUAGGAAUCCUUACAACUACGGCUGCUUGGACAACUGGAAGGUAUUCCUGGGUGUGGACACAGGAAGGCAUUGGCUUACCCGGGUGCUGUUACCUUCUAGCCAUCUGCCCCAUGGGAAUGGAAUGAGCUGGGAGCCCCCUCCCUGGGUGACUGCUCACUCAGCUUCUGUGAUGGCAGUGUGAGUUGGACUGUGUCAGCUGCAACUUGAGCAUUCAUUCUGCUUCCUAUGUUGUCUCAAGGGCCUCCAAGGGCAGCUUUUCUUGGAAUGAGUGAUCAAAAGAGCUAGUGGGCCUGCCUCAGAGUACCAUACAGGAACAACUCAAGGACCAAUCUUUUGACCACUGCAGAAGACACAAUGUGAAGAAAUCCUAGGACUGGCAUCCCUUUACUCAGGCAAACAGAAGUUCCAGCCCCAGAUGAGGGUCAAGUGGCUAGCUGCCUUGCCCAGUGCUGACCCUGGCACCUCUUCAACUUGCUAUCUGAGAAAACACCUGACUGGUACAGUUGGGAUUCUAGCUUCUCAACAGGGCAAAGUUACGAAGCCUGCUGCCAAGGUCACUGCCACUUCUCAUAUGCUGCUGAGGGGAGCAAAAAUAAAGGUAUAUGAUUUUUAAAGAUA